UCGAGAGGAUCGAUGCCGUGCAUCGCGCCUGCGCUCCGUGUUUCCUCGAUCAUCUUUCCAAGUGUUCUCGCGAUUCCGAAAAGUGAGUGCUGUGAAACGAGAAAUUAACCAGCAACUCGCCGGAGGGCCCACGGAAACCGGAAGUUGCGGCCGAUAUGUACUAACGAGCCCCUGCCGUUUUCCAGAAAUCAUCUCGCGCGGUUUGCGUGUCAUCGCGCGAUAGCGUUGACCGUCGUGCUCGGUCCUCGCGACCGAUAACAGUAUUUGUACUGUCAGUUAUUGUGUCGGGGUGAUAGUGAGAGGCCAGUACCACAAUUAGACGGCCGUGAAAGGUUCGAAUCCUCGACAAGCGUCGCGCGUCGGUGCGUCGAUCGUCUCAGUGUGGAGUCUGUGCAUCUUCGAAUCUCUCUGUGCUUCGUCCAGUGCGCCAAAUAAAAUCGCGAGGAGUUCGUUCGGCGGGCCGUGGAAAAUCGAAUCGUUUCGGAGAAGCGUUCGUCAAGGUAUAAUAGUCGCGGAACGUCGAAAUUACAGUGGUUUGUCGAGUGUGCAACGCUUUGUGCAAAACAGAAUAACGUGUCUCGAGGAUUCGUCGAUUGGCGGCUGCACGCAAAUCGAAUCGAGGUGGAAUAGAAUUUGAAAAAUUGAUCAGGUGCAAGACGAGUGAAAUGAAAUAGAUUAAUAGAAGAAUGCACAACGGAACCGUAGCGAAAUCAAAUUUCUGGUAGUGACAGAAGAGUGAAAUAAAAUGGAGUAGGUCAAUGGAAGACUACAACCAACUGGAAGUCAAAUGAAAUUUUCGGUCUGACAGAAGUGUAAAAUAGAAUAAAGCACGUUGAAAGACGACUACAACGAUCUAGAAGUGAACUGAAAUUUCUGGAGCGACAGAAAAGUAAGAUAAAAUAGACCAGAAGCAGACUAUAACGAAGCAAACAUCAAAUCAAAUUUCAGAAGUGUGAAAUAAAAUUAAGUAGAUCAAUGGAAGAUUACAGCUAACUGGAAGUCAAACGAAAUUUUCGGUGUGACAGAAGUGUAAAAUAGAAUAAAGCACGUUGACAGACGACUACAACGAUCUAGAAGUGAACUGAAAUCUCUGGAGCGACAGAAAAGUAAGAUAAAAUAGACCAGAAGCCGACUAUAACGAAGCAAACAUUAAAUCAAAUUUCUGGCGUGACAGAAGAGAAAAGUAAAAUAAGCUAGAAUCAGAGUACAACGAACUAAAUAUAAAAUAAAAUUUCUAAAGUGACUGAAGAGACAAAUAAACUAGACCAGAACCAAAAUACAACGAACUAAAUAUCAAAUAAAAUUUCUCGAGUGGAUGAAGAAUGAAAUAGAAUAAAUCGAAGGCAGACCGCGAUACACUGAAAUGAGAAUAAAAUUUCUCGAGUGACUGAAGAGUGGAAUAAAAUAACUCAAAAGCGGAGAACACAAUGAACGAACGACGAAUCAAAUUUCUCGAGUGAAACAGGCAGAUUCUGCGCGAACACACACCGGAUCAACAAAUAGAUCUCGGCAUAAAGAAACACCGAAUCGCCGGAUCGAUCUCGACGCCAAAUAAAAUCGUUCAGAUUGUUCCCAGGCCUCUCUCCUCGUCUUCCUCGCGGGAUCUUUCGGCGGGUCGGCCGCGUCUGCUGAAAUAGAAGCGGUUGAUCGAUUGCCGUGCUCUCGAGCCGGGAUUACGUCUCCGCGCGAGACCUUCGACGCGAGAGGAAUGCGAUCCGUGCGCGGUGAAUCAAUCCAGCGAAAUUACAGUGUUUACGCGGCACGAAUCACCGCGAUGCGGUGUGUCUCUGCAGCUCUGUAACGCUGCUAGCCGGAUUCUGCGUGAAGAGAUAGAUAGAUAGAUAGAUAGAGAGAGAGAGAGAUUUCGUGAACGCCAAUGUCCUUGCUGAUCGACCGAGCGUGAACACGCCGAUAGCGUUUCUUGCCGCGAUCGAAAAAGCCUGCUGGCGAAGAAGCGUCGAUCGUCGUUGUCUCGUCCUUUUCACGGUUCCAUCGAGUCUGUCGUUCCUCGAACGAGCAUUGUUCGCAGCCGAAUCGUCUGUGUUUCGUUCUCGUUUUGGAAAGUGUUCGUCGUGCGUACACCGCAGAGCGAAUGCAUCCUCCGCGAAUCGGAGAGGGCAAGCGCUAAAGCCGGUGAAAAAAUUGCUCGCGCCUGACUCUGUGUUCGCGUCACGUCCCCUGGAAGCCGAGGGAGGAAGAUUGUGCUUGCGCGACGAAAGAAUUUAGUUCAGCGUCGCGUCGUUCCCUUUUUCGUGCUAAGAUCGCAGAAGGAUACCGCCUGGAACAGGAAAGUUUAGCUCUCGGCGUCGUUUUGGUCGCUUUCGGGAGCUGCUGUUGGAGAGGAGAUCUUGUCCUCGUUGUGCUCGCGCAAAAAGCCGCGGUACUUUCGAAUAACUAUCGAGCUGGAAUCGAGGGGCAGGGGGAAGAGGGACGGACGCCGGGAAAUUUAUCAGGAUUAUUUUUCCCCGCCGCGUGCCGCUCCCGUAGAAAUCACUGCUCUUUCGAACGAUCAUUCCGCGUACCAGGAAGACAGUGCUGUCGAACAGUGUUGCCUCGGCGUAAUCUUAUCCUCUUUCGAAGCCAAAAGUCGCAGGAGAUAGCGCCAGCCGCAUCGAACUCUCUCAACAGCCUGCAUUCUUGUAACUGUACAUCGACUUGGAAGCAAAAACCGUGACACAACGUGUCUCGAUCUAACGUUGUCCUCUUCCGGAGCUAUCAACGAAUUGAAUCUUGCUCCCGAAACGAUCGUCGAGGUUGUUUCGGUGCUACCUUCGACCGCAGCUCAAUUUAAUCGAGAUUCGUGAAACACGCGAGAAGCAAGGCUCCAGCGGCGGGAACAGUGCGCGCGUUUUUUCCCGCGGAUAAUUUGGAACGGUGCGUCGGUUUUUCGCGUGGAUAAUUUGGAACGGUGUGCGAGUGUUUGUGGCGCGAGCAGUGCACGGGACAGGCCGGACUGAUGGCAAGUCAUACAGGGCGCAAUCAGGGAUCACCGAUGCCCGGCAGCAUAGUCGACGAGCGGCUGGCUACGUGCUCCUCCGGUUAAUGCCGCCUACGACGAAAUUACGCAGUGGCCACCGCAGCCAGGAAUUGCCAGGAUAACGCGGCCGCACUCGAUUACAGAGGGUAGCCGGCAGGAGCGAGAUCCCCUAGCAGCGGCGGCGGCCUACGCCGAGCCUAGAACUGCCACGAAUCCCAGCAAUCUAAAGACCGCGGGGCCACGUGUGUUGCAGGAACCGCCGGAGUAGCCGAUUCACUUGCCGAGUCGCCCCGAAAAUGUGAGCUCGGUGAAAAUGAGCAAUGAAAUGAUCAUGAAGAGCCUGACCGCCGGCAGCAACAUUCCAUUCGUCGACGAGGAUGGUCUGCUACCGGCCGUUGACCACCAGCGUGCUCGAUCGAACGUCACGCGGCGAGAGUUCGCGAGAGAGACGGCCUCUGCUAGCCUAAGCUCGAGAUACGGUCAGAGUUUCACGACCUUUCGUUCGAUAACGCAGCAGAGAGCCGGCCAGGACGCGGACCCCUCUAAUCGAGGCGGAGUCUCGAUCAUGCAGAAGACAACGUACGCCCCGAGCAGCCAAAAGGAUGCCGGCCAGCACAGAUACAUCAAGCAGUCGCCAGGUGCCAAGAGAAACAAACCGGAGGCCGCCGAACCCGGCCCGGAGAAUCCCCUUCACCGCUACGAGAACGCUGUGCUGAGGUACCAGAAGCCGAAGUCCAGACCGAAGAGGCAAGCGAGCAGAGAUCGCCAGCAGUCCCAGCAACAGAACCACGGCUACUCGUCCAGCGACGAGAGCGUCGUCAGGAACAAGUCGAAGAGCAUCAGCUCGAUAGACACGCAGUCGGUGAACAACAUUCUGGACGAGUACGAGGAUCUGGACUGCAGGAGGUCGUCCGAUCUCAGCGACGUUGGCAGCAUCAGCGUCUCCAACUUCGAGGCGGUCAUGAUGGACCAGCAGAAGAAGCAGCAGCAGGACAAGCCGAAGGGCCUGGCUGCCAGGGCCCAGCCGAAGUGCUCCCCGGCUCGGGAGAAUCCUCAGCCGGUGCUGAAGGUGAACCAGCAGACGCAGGUGCGACAGCGUUCGCGCGAGAGGCAGAAAGACUGCCCGAAACACCUCGCGGAGGACAACCACCCUCCUUCGGUAACCGUCGAAGCCAGCAGAAGCAAGGUCCCCGAGGUGUUGCUGCGCAAGGGGGAGGUUCAGAAGAGGGUGGACGAGUGGCUGAGCCAGGCUCAGAGCCAGAACUACCCCGUGACCCGCGAGAAGCCUCUGACGAGGUCGAACAGUAGCGCCGACCAGAAAACGCAGAGACGUUACCGCCAAGAUUCGAGGUCUAGAUCGAUCGACGAAGGCAGGGAUAAGCUGAACGGGACUUCCUCGAGCUACGACGACCUCAGCCGAGCGGAGAAGAAGGUCGACCGCAAGGUGGACAAGGUGAACGUCGGCGUGAACACCAGUCGAGGGACGUACAAGGAGUAUCUGGCUUUGAAGAGCAGGAGCAAGCAGCAGGACUAUGGUUUCAGCGCUUCCAGCAACCUGAUCGGCAGGACCAGAGACUGUAGUCCUUCGACAGCGUCCAGGAUACCUCAGAGGGGUCCUCUCAGCUCCAGCUUCAGGUCCAGGAGGCUGGAAGCGAGCAACGAGGAGGGCCAGGCGGAGAACGAGGAGCGUAGCUGUCGGGUCCGAGUGGUGGCAUCGGGCCCGUCGAAGAGCAGGAACGAGUCCGAUUAUGGCAGAAUAUGUGGAGCGGCUGCGGGCGGUUCAGCAACAUCAGCAGCAGCAGCAGCAGCGUCGUCUCCAUCGGUGAUCCCCUGCAGACGCGCGUCGUUCAAGCGUUCCCCGAGCCACGAUCAAAGCAGCGGCGCGGGCAGGCCGCUCGUUAAGGAAGAGACAGGCCCGAGGCCCCGAGUAGUCGUAGCAGUCGGAGCCGGAGGAGCAGCGGUGGGAGGGGCUCCGAAGGGCCCGGGCAACCUUGGUGACCAAGGCGAGCCGAUCUCGCCAAAUAAGGACGGAGAAAGUAGGCGGCCGGGUCCCGGUGAUAAACCAGCCGAUUCCACGGUCGGCCUCGCGGCCUGUAAAUCGAUGGAAGCCUCGAGGAGCGAUCGGGCCGCGAGGAUCCUCUGCGAUCCGAGCCGCGAGAGGAGAGAGGGCAAACCGGAGCAGAGGCAGGAGGCCGCGUACGGGACCGUUGGAGCUCGCCUGAGGACCCUGCAAGGUCAACAGGAGCCGCGAGUCGCGCGCUCGAGAAAUCUCCAAGCCCCGCUGCCGCCCGAAGCUAGAAAACCGCCGGUUCUUCCGAGAAGAGACUCCUCCACCGCGCAGGAUAGCAAGAACGAGCGCAGGACUUCGCCGUUGGGAUCCCCGCAGUCCACCUUCAAGCCGAACAACACCGUCUACAACGCUUUGCAACAGUUAAACGAGCAGAACGCCGCGAAGUCCGCCGCGAAGUCCCACUACACCUCGCCGAAUCACGUGGAGAAGAUCUACGAGCGCAGCCUGCAGCCGCAGGUGAUCCACGCGGACGACCUGGAGUCGUUGCUGAGACCGUCUCUGCAGGUCUCCGCGUACGGCGAGCAAGGAGACGCGGAGGCGAAGCUGCCUGGCAAAGAGCCGCGAGAUGAGAAGGAGGAGGACAUGUACGAGAGGAUCGGCGAGCUGAGGUACGAGCAGCUGGAGACUAUCGAGGAGGACGAUCAGAAGAGCGAGGCGUCGGCCUGCAGGUACCCGGAGGUAGGGUUGAGCCAGUGCUUGAAGAUCCAGGGGCUGGCUAAUGGGAGAUCGAAGCUCGCGAAGAGGAGGGACUCGAUGAGCCCGAGGAGGGAUCAAUCGGACCCCGUGAGGACGUUCGUCACGUUCCAGUCCGGGAAGCAGAGCCAACAGCAGCAGGAGACUGGUUGCUCGGCGGGCAACGAUCGGGAGGAACCGCGAGACGCCGCGGAGCCGAUUAUGGUCCUCGAGGACGCCGAGGUCCCGUACGAGUCCGAGACGCUCGACAGGAGCCAGCAGUCCUGUCACACCAGGGAGAACAGCAAUCUGUCGACCGCGACCAUCCCGCUGGACGAGCUGGAGAGUGAAAGGCAGGCGGCUAAGUUCAAGGCCGAGGAGGCCUGCGCUCGCCUAAGCGCCGAUCACGAGGCCCGGUUCAACGCCGAGACCAAGAACGCGGAUAAGGUGAAGAACGAGGCCGCCGAGAGAGUCGACGAAGAGCGGGCCAAGGAGCUCGGCGACAGGGCCGAGGUGGUGAACGAGGUCCUGCUGAAGAACCUGCAGUUCAAGCAGGACCUGCCCGCGAAGGGCUCGCCGGAGAACGACGGCUGCCCGCGGGCCGUCGAGCAUCAUGCCGGCCAGCAGAAGCCGGCCCCCGGGUUUCAUAACGUGUUGUGCGACAAUUACGAGAUCGCCCGCGAUGCCAGGCUCAAGGAGAACAAGGUGUACGUGACAAAGGAGGAAAUGGAGCGGCAGAGGCUGAUGGAUCUGCUCAGGAAGGGCGACUUCGAGUCCGUGAAAGCGGAAUUGGAGAGGAGUUAUACACUUUCGACCCCGGGGGGUAGCAGCCCCGUUUGUUGCCCGCCUUGCAGUCCACCGCCAGCCCCUGCCGCUUACAUAUCGAGCGCACGUGCUUCCUCGAGGAGACUCGGUGCCGGAAGCGGAAUCGGAGGACCGCCGUCUCCGGAAAGGGAUCCCUUGGGAAGACUCUUAAGAUUCCUGAAGACGUUCUACAGGGAACUAGGCACCCGGGACCCACCCCAUCUUCCAGCAUGGGCGUCGCCUCUGCCUCUCGGCACCCUCUGUCCGGCGCACUUCCAGCCGCACCUGCAGCUGCUGCACAAAGGCGAGCAGGAACACAGGCUCGAGAACAUCAAGCCCGACCAGAUCUUCGCCCCCGUCAGGCUGAGCGACGGCACGGUGUCCGAAGCUCCCCGGCGCGUAGCAAUCGAAGGUGGCCCGGGAAGCGGCCGGACAACCCUGUGCCUGCGAUUGCUGCACCAAUGGGCGAUCCAGGGGGAUGGUCCAGCCCUGGCGUUCAUAAUUCCCCUGCGAGAGCUGCGAGGAAGCCCGGUGCUGACUUACCUGUCCCGCGAACUGUUCCCAAGGACGGCAGCCUUAGGGGACGCGGUCGCUCAGGUGUGGCGCACGUUGCACCUGAUGGAGGAUCGGGUCCAGUUCAUUCUGGACGGGUACGACGAGUGCGUGGGCGGCAGAGCAGCCUUGGGAGACGCGGUGGACCUCCUCGAAGGCCGGUUGUUCCCCGACGCCAGGAUCCUGGUCACCUGUUCGCCCAGCAACGCGGCCGCCUUGUCUCCUCUCGUCCAGAGGAGGAUCCAUCUGGCUGGACUGGAGUGGCCGCACGUUGAGAGGCUGUGCGUCGCUUAUUUCAUCCACAACGACAUCGCUGAGAAGGCUUGCGAGUUCCUCGAGGCGCUGAACGUGCAGCCGCAGACUGUCAAACAGCUUGGCCAGCACCCGCUCGGAUGGAUCAUGCUCUGCUGCCUUUAUCAGGACUCCGGUAGCUUGCCGUCGGAGACGAGUGCGUUGGUGCAGGCGGCCGUGAAGUGCAUCGUAAAACGGAGCUUGGACCCGCCGGUGCCCUACAACGAGGAGAUCCCGGGCCACUGCAGGAAGAGGCUGGAGGACUUCGGCAAGCUGUCAUUGGCGGCGUUGCGAGAAGGCAGAUGUUGCUACACGGAGGCCGAGCUGAGAGCCCGGGGCGGUGGCAUCGAGGUCACCAGGCUGGGAUUCUUGACCAAGGGCCUGACCUUCGGCCAGAGACGCAAGCCGGACCUUUAUUCGCCGGUUCACAUGGCAGUGGCGGAGUUUCUGGCCGCCUAUUACUUGACCUCGGUGGCUCAGUACGCUAACAUCUUGCGAAGAGAGCUGGAGGGUCUGCCGACCGGCAUCAUCAGUCACCUGGCGGGCCUCCUGGGGCCCAAGACCCACUUGAUCUUGAACCAGCUCUGCCCGCUGGAGGUCCCUCCGAGGGCUGUCUUCUCUCUGCUGAAAGCUGCCGGAGCCUCCGACGGCAACAUCAGCGCCGUCUGCAGGCUGGUAGGAGCUGGUCCAGGCUUCGGACCGGCCCCCAACGAAAGACCUCCCGCUCCCCUCGUUCACACUUCACCCCUCGAGCUGGAGGGCUGGGCCAGGAUCCUCGAAAGUCCUGCUUGCACUUUGGAGGCGCUCGAGGUGGUCUUCCAAGUGGAAAGAGGAUCCGACCCCAGGUAUCUCGACGACUUCUUCGAGGCUCUGGCCGGGAACGAGAGCGUCAAGCUCGUCAGGAUCACAUCGCUGCUUGGCCAAGAGUUCCCGGCCGACGAGGCGCAGAGGCUGGCCGGACAUCUGAAGAGCGUUCUAGGGAAGAAAAAGCUGAAUGACUUCGAGCUGGUCAUCACUUGCCUGGAGGAAGCUGCGCACGACAGGCUGGAGUGCGUGGUGAACGCCCUUUGCCGAGGACUGAGCCACGCGUCGAGCAGUUUGGCCCGGCUGGUCCUCGACAUGAAUCUGUCCGGCGAGCAAGUGUCCCGGGUCUGCGACGCGCUCCGCGGCUGCGUUCAAGUGCAGGCGCUGCACUUGCCCCAUUUGGGAUGCGGCUGCGAGGGUCUGGCCUCGGUCGCCGAGCUGCUCAAGGAGAGGCCUCUGCUGGCGCUGAAUCUCGCCGGAAGCUGGGGCGCAAAGAACGAGGACCCGUCCAGCUCUGGAAUCAGUAUGGGUUCGGGCUCCGGAUCCGGAAGCAGCGGCUGCGCCUCCAGCACCCUCGGCACCCUGCCACUUAACCGGUGCUACUCGUCCCUGCCAAGGGGCGCUUUGGCAGUUUACGGUAGUCUGACGAGGCCGGCCACCCUGCCGCGGCUUCCUCUGGGUCUUGGCCUUGGUCCCGCGCCGGCCACCGGAAACGGACCGCUGCCGCAGAACGACAGGGACAGGGACAGCAACGGCAGCAGCAAGAGGAACAGCGACAGCGUGCUUUGCCAUCGGCUGCCGCUGCUGCACCCACUGCCAACUUGCGACGUCGCUAGCCAUCAGGGAACCGGCUUCCACGAGAUCUUCAACGCCAUCCGAGAACCGAACUGCAAGCUGAGGUCGCUGAAUGUGUCGAAGUGUUUGCUCGGCGGACUGGAUGCGGGCUGCUUGGGGGAGACCGUCAGAAGGGCGCGGAAUUUGGACGCUUUAAGGGCUGCUGGGGCGUCCAGACCUGCGGACGUGAUGCCGCUGGUCCUCGCCUUGACAGAGGCGCCAUGUCUGCAGCUGCUGGACCUAGCUAGCCCUCGGCUCGCCCUCGACGAUCAUCCCUCCCGGCUGCUCUGUCAUGCUCUCGCCAGAAACACCACCCUUAAACUCCUCAGCCUCGAGGGAUGGACCUUCAGAAUAGAGGAAUCGGACAGCCUGGCAGUGUUCUCAGAGCUCCUUCGCUACACGAGCGUCCGCGAGCUGAGCCUGUGCAACGCCCGGUUGCAUCUGGCGGUGCACGAGGGUCCUCUGGCGAGAUUAGGGCGUCGCGACGACGCCGGAGCGGAGCUCCUGAGGGCCGCACCGCCUCCCGCCUGUCCCGCGAUUGUGUUCCUCAGGCUAGCCGGUUUUCAAGUGACAGUGAACGAUCGCCUGGCGCUACGCGGGCCGCUUCUUCUGCCAUUCCUUGCCGGCUUCACCGCUCUCAGCGAGCUCGACCUGUCCUUGGACAAGUCGACGAUCGGCGGUAGCAGCGGCUCGUUGCUGUUCAUCGACGACAAGAUCCUGCAGCAGUUCUUCGGCUGCCUGUCCUCUCACUUCCGCAACCUGCAGUCGCUGAGGAUCAACUUCUGGCGGGUGACGUUGGAGGACAGCGACAAGACGAUGCGCCAGAUCGCCAAGUACCUGAAGCUGUGCAACCUGAGCUUCCUGAAGGCGAACGGUCUGAUCGUGACCGACAGCGCGAAGAAGGUGCAGAUGGAGCACGUUUUCGUGCAGACGCUGGUCACGCACUUGCAGUACCUCACCUGGCUGUGCCUGGACGGCGUCGAGCUGACGGAGACGCAGGCGUCCAGCGUGGGGAAAUGCGUCCGGGACCGGUUCCCCGGCACCUCUUUGGAGAUCAGCGCCAAGGACGUCCACGUAAAGUCCGUGAAAGCGUUGGUGACCGCCGCGGAGGAAGGCGGCAGGGCCGAGGUGGUCUACACGGGCGGCUCGAACUGCAGAUUGAAGAUCACCAAGGUCCAGAAGAACGGCAAGUCCAAGAAGAAGUGAGAGCCGUGCACCGGGAAACGCUCGGGACACAUAGAGGAUUCUUAGUUGCCUGAUCAGGAAGCGUCGUGGCCGACGGGAGCCGAUGACGAGGAUCGAGAAUUAAAGGAUGAUCGAUCCGGUGAAACGGAUCUUGGGCCGGAGGCACCUAGAUAGAGGACGUAAGAGCGUAGCAUUAGGACGAAACGAGUCGAUCGUAAUUACAAAAGGCGUGUAUCGUCGACGAUUUUUAGCCAUAAGAGGCAGCCUAGGAUGAUUAAGAAGAUUAAGAAGGGAGGAUUUACGGACACGCGGCGGAGGGGAGGAUCGAUGGGGCCGACACUUUCUGGAUCUCCGUCUUACUGUGAUUUCCUUUUACGCGACUGGUCGCCCUCCUAAACGGCAGAUCGCUUGGGUAGCGCGGGUCUAGGUGUCCUUGUUUUCUCCGGGAGGAUUCUACAGCGUGUCCGACCGAUACGGAUUCACACACCGGCAGGAUUAUUGAACGGGGGCGAGAUGAAACACGAAAGAGGCUGUUGCAAACUAGAUACGUUCGUUGUUAUUAGAUGGACUGUAAAAUACGACUCAGAGUAAUAUAUUAUUAUGAUUAUCGUCAUUAUUGCGCGACUCACCGAUCAUCAGGAUUAUUAUAUUGUAUUAUUAUCGUCAUUAUUAUUAUUAUUAUUAGAGCAUAGAUUCUUGAAUCAUGAUUAUCGAGUGUUAACGAUCGAUUCGACGGGCAAUCGACGAUCCAAGAGUGAAAAAUGGCUUUACGGGGGACGGAGGGGCGCGUUUGUUGGAGACUUGAAGAAAUUUUAUAGAUAUAUAUAUAUUAUAUAUUCUAUAUAGUAGCGCGUAGAGAAAAAAAAAUUAAAAAAAAACGUGUCCGGUGUUCCGCGGACUAUUAUUAAGAGUGAACGGCUAUUGUAUUGUAAAAAAAAAAGAAGUGGAGACAGACGAAAACGCGAGGACGUGCAAACACGACUGCCAAAAUCGUAAAAUCGUAGACUUCGACCGCGAUCUAGGCCGGUAUUAAUCAACCUAGUUCGUCACACUUUCUAGGGUAAGCGCCGCGAUCCAGCGAUCUCUAUUGAUCGAUGAUCGCCGAACCAGCGUCGGGUGCGAUUUCACGCGAUCCAUCUGGGAAACUGCGACCAGCAGCUGACUUACAGGGGGUCGCUGUAACUGCCAUGCACCUGUUUGGAUCGAGAUAAUUCGAUCGGCAUCGGUUCAGCUUCGCGCGAAACAGUUCCACGAACCGCAGGUGAUUUUCCUCUUCGGUCCCACGUGCGAUUACUUCGCGAACGGAACGAACUUUUUUCGAUCACCUUUUAUCGUCCAAUCGCGAGGGAUCCACGCGGAGCGUUACUCACCGAUCCAACGUUUCAUAGUGAUCCGAGAGUAAGUUGUUCGACGUUUUUACUCGGGAGGAGAGGUCCGAGGUUCGUCAAAAGGUCUGGUUAGAUCUGGUUGGAACUUUUCAAUGAAUUCUGUUUAAAUUCAACUCUUUCCCAUUUUGCGACUUUCAACGAGAAACGAUAAGGAAACGUUCUUGAAAAUGCUGUCGGAUCGUUCGCACAGCUGUUUCGUUCUUUCGCGUGAAAAUGAUAAGACGAUUUUUUAAUGUUUAGAGUAAAAAGAAACUUCUUGACAUUUUUCUGGUACCUUUGAAAUCUUAUGCUCGUAGAAGUCUUGCUUUUUUAUUCGCAAAGCGCUGAAUCGAGUGCUCUUUUUAACAGCCGAACGAUUAAUUAGUUUGCACAGAUGUCCGCUGCAAAAGGGAGAUACUUUGUUCGUAAACGUUUAAAAAAAAAAAGUUCUCGGUGAUCAGUGAACAAUAUUUUUCAUAUUUAAGUAGACAAUUCACGGUUCCGAUGAGAACCGAUAAACUACUCGUGAAAGUAACAAUUUUAGUUUGAAUAGAAUAUAGAAAAUUUGUCUGCGGCGAGUGCGGAUACUUCGUUCGUAAUUAACAAGUUCUGUUAUUGUGCUAAAUACCGGAUACUACUAAUAAAUAAUAUUUUUCAUAUUUAUGUAGAGAUAAUUCACAGUUGAAACUUUUGACUGGGGUGUCCAAAAAAUAAUUUGUUCCGUAAGAAUUCUUUCCAAAGAGGUUCUCAAGGCUAAUAUUUCUGGCUGCAUAAUUAAUUCAAAAAACAAAAUAUUGCGUCAACUCCUGAACAUUAAUAGCUAUCUACGCUAUUUCAUAUUAUUUGUCGUGGCAAUUGAUGUACCUCGAAUUUCUUCUUUCGAAGAACAGACCGUAGCAACCCGGGGUCUGUUCUCCGUCAUGUCUUUCGGCUCGAGAAAUGUACCGCUUGUUUAAUUAUCUGUUUCGUUGUUGAAGUCGACGCGCAACGCUUUGCGUGAGCUCCCUCGUUAGGUAUCCAGGGGCAAGCGUUCCUCACGAUUUUUCAUUUUUGAUAGUUUACUAUGUGUAUAUAAAAGACGCAUUGAUUGACACCGUACAGGGCGGACGAGAUAUUUAAAUGUACGAUCUGUUAUAUUUGCGAGCCGUUUUAACGAUGAACGCUGACACCACGGGUGAAGCCCGAAGCUGGCACUAAAGUGGGAUCAGCUUCAGCGAUUUUAUUAUAAAUAUUUAUGUAUUUAUAUGUGUAUACAUAUCCUUCAAAUAAAUGUAAUAUGUGUUUCAA